AUGGCAACUGAUGUGGAUGCCAUGGAUCAUUACGCUUUGCUUGGCGUAGGGCCUGAAGGGUCAGGCUUGCCGCCGAUGCAGCGUGUCAUGAAGCUAGCAACCAUUUCCAUCGACGAGGUGAAAGCAUCUUACAAAACGGCUUUGGUCAAGGCAACUGGAAAUCCCUUUGUGUUGGCAAGGUUGUCUCAGGCAUUCCAAGUGCUUUCAGGGGAUUCCAGAAAGAUGUAUGAUUUGGAGUUGCUGCAGAAAGCUGCAGCAGUUCAUUACUCUCCCCAAGCUGUCGCUCGUGACCGGCAAGAACGGGAUGUCAGCAAGGGCGAAGAGCCGCCGCUUCCACCACCGCCGGAUGGCAAGAUGGACAAGUCUCUGCAGGCCGUGGCUUCUAGCACAAAGGAAGCAUUGCAAGCUCAGAAGGCGUUGAAAACCAUGGCAACUUCUCAGGGCCCUGAAUUGGUUGAAGUUAUCUCCAAACUCGAGAAAUGCAAAAGUCAAGAUUGUAUUGUGGCUUCAGAUGCUAAAGACAUCACUGCUGAUUUCUUAGCACCCAUCGAAAAACCGAAGGAUGAGCUUCCUCUGAGUGACAUCGAGGUUUACAAAGGGAUUUUGCGUAGAUUAGCUGGAAUGAAAUCAUCUGAUAAGGUUGCUUUGUUAGCUGGUGCAGAUUCGUCAGUGACAAAUGUGGUUAUUGCAGAUACUAUUGAAGCUGCAGUCGGGUCUCCGGAAGUCGUGAAUUUUUGGCAAAAACUGCAGCAGGAAUUGUUGGGGUUAGCAGUCUUUGAAGAUCUAUCUGAUCCUAGCCAGUAUGAUGAGGAAAUCAAAAAAUUACCAGGUUCACAGAAACAAAUGCUGCUGAUGGCAUUUACAGGGAGUGACGAACCAAUGGCAUGGAUCACUAAACGUGAUGAAUCAUCUUCUGAGCUGGUGUGGUCGGCAGUGAGGGUGGGCAAGCAGCACACCAACCGGAAACGAAACGACAAGAUUCGGUUAGCUUAUGCUGACAAAGUUGGUGUUUCGUUUGAUGACGAGGCCCAAAAGUCUACAACUUUGGAUAUUGGUGAAUUGUCCUGGCUUGGUCAGUCGCUGAACCUUGCAAUCCGAAGGAGGGGAGACUUUAUGCUCUCGCAGAGUUACAGUGGCUUUCUUGGAAGGGCACAACGGAGCAUAGUUGGUGAAGAUCGAGUGGGAACGCAACAGGAAAUCAUUGAGACGGCCGUGGAGGCUGCAGCAGAUCAUCUUGCUGGUAUGACACUUCGCCGUGGAUAUGCACAUGGUGGUGUGGCGGCACGUGGCAAAGCAGCUAUCGUCGCAAAGCCAGUGCAGCAUCAUGGGCAUGAUGACUAUGGCUUUGAGCUUGUUCAGGUAACGAGAAGCGGUGCAAGAACAGGACAGCCGAUCCUGAGUCGAAUGAUUAGUGCAUUUUCUCGAAUGCAGUGUGGCGGUAUGAACAUCAAGCAGGAUGCGAUCUAUGGGAUGAAUAGAGAACCAGAUAUUCAUUUACUGUUUUCUUGGAUUGAGCAUGUGGAGACCGGGGUAGCUUACUCCCACUUCGACAUCCUCGCCCCUACCGAUGAAAAUGACUGUGAUACCAAAGGCCUUAUGUGGAUUCCUUCAGAAGUAGCAUUUCAAGAACCUAUGUCAAAGGAAUUCAUGUAUAGAAUUCACGAUGAACAGCAGAUGAUUGAGGAAGGUAAGGAAAUGGAACUUCAAAGACAAAGCAAAUGCGCAGCCCAACAAGCAGCACCACCUGCAGAAGCCACACAGGAACAAGAGCACACAGCAAUGGAACCAUUGCAGCACAUGCAAAAUCCAACAGCACCUGCAGAAGCCACACAGGAACAGGAGACAGCACAGCACGAAGAUGAGCAACAACAUGCAUCAGCACCUGCAGAAGCCACACAGGAACCAGAGAAGUCACAGCACGAAGAUGAGCAACAACAUGCAUCAGCACCUGCAGAAGCCACACAGGAACCAGAGAAAGCACAGAACGAAGAUGAGCAACAACAUGCAUCAGCACCUGCAGAAGCCACACAGGAACCGGAGAAAUCUCAGCACGAAGAUGAGCAACAACAUGCAUCAGCACCUGCAGAAGCCACACAGGAAACAAAGAAGUCACAGCACGAAGAUGAGCAACAACACCUAACAGCACCUGCCGAAGCCACUCAAAAACUGAAGCACUCAGCAACAGAACCAUUGCAGCCAGCACCAGAGACAGCACAUCAGGAGGAUGAACAGCAGAAUCCAACAGCACCUGCAGAAGCCACACAGGAAACAAAGAAGUCACAGCACGAAGAUGAGCAACAACAUGCAUCAGCACCUGCAGAAGCCACAAAGGAACCGGAGAAAGCUCAGCACGAAGAUGAACAGCAGAAUCCAUCAGCACCUGCAGAAGCCACACAGGAACCGGAGAAAGCUCAGCACGAAGAUGAGCAACAACAUGCAUCAGCACCUGCAGAAGCCACACAGGAACCGGAAAAAGCUCAGCACGAAGAUGAGCAACAACAUGCAUCAGCACCUGCAGAAGCCACACAGGAACCAGAGAAAGCACAGAACGAAGAUGAGCAACAACAUGCAUCAGCACCUGCAGAAGCCACACAAGAGCUGAAGCACUCAGCAACAGAACCAUUGCAGCCAGCACCGGAGACAGCACAUCAGGAGGAUGAACAGCAGAAUCCAACAGCACCUGCAGAAGCCACACAGGAAACAAAGAAGUCACAGCACGAAGAUGAGCAACAACAUGCAUCAGAACCUGCAGAAGCCAAACAGGAAACAGAGAAAGCACAGAACGAAGAUGAACAGCAGAAUCCAACAGCACCUGCAGAAGCCACUCAAAAACUGAAGCACUCAGCAACAGAACCAUUGCAGCCAGCACCGGAGACAGCACAUCAGGAGGAUGAACAGCAGAAUCCAACAGCACCUGCAGAAGCCACACAGGAAACAAAGAAGUCACAGCACGAAGAUGAGCAACAACACCUAACAGCACCUGCCGAAGCCACUCAAAAACUGAAGCACGCAGCAACAAAACCAUUGCAGCCAGCACCAGAGCAAGCACAUCACGAGGGUGAACAGCAGAAUCCAACAGCACCUGCAGAAGCCACACAGGAACCAGAGAAAGCUCAGCACGAAGAUGAGCAACAACAUGCAACAGCACCUGCAGAAGCCACCCAAGAUCUGAAGCACCCAGCAACAGAACCAUUGCAGCCAGCAUCAGAGAAAGCACAGCACGAGGAUGGGCAACAGCAUCCAACAGUGCGUACAGAAGCUACUCAAGAACUGAAGCAUUCGGCAAAGGUAUCGGUGAAGGUGCAACACAUUUUCUCAGUGGAAGUUGAUGCCAAGAAACGUUACAAGACUGGCAAAGGAUGUUCUGGUGCCACCUAUAGGCAUGGAGUGGUUGAUGCAAUGGAGUACACAAAUCCUGUCGUCCUGUUCUUCGAGAACGUGAUCGGUGUUGCAGAUUAUAGCAAAGAUGACAAAGGAGCAAAGCAGGAACCAGCCGUCAAGGUGAUUGAGAAAGAUCUCAAAGAGUUGGGUUAUAUCUUCCAGUGGUCCAAACUGAAUGCGCAAAAUUACUUGCUGCCUCAACGAAGAUGCAGAGUGUAUGGACUAGCUGAUUUGGAUGAGGGACAAGACUCCGAUAUCUUUUCUGCAAAUAUGUAUGCAACUCUACGGUCAAUGGCUGGUGAAACACGCUUCAACUUGGAUGAUAUCUUUGAUUCAACCAUUCCGGAAUGUGCGGCUAAGGGAAAUGCCGAAAAGAAUGUGAACCAAGCUCUCGAACGGGCCACAUUUAAGAAUGGAUCGAACAAUCUGUUCGUAGAUACGUCCACCAGUUCGUCAUGGGAAGCUGAAUAUGCUGAGAACAUUUGCACUUGCAUCAGACCUAGCCAUCCUAUUUUCAGUGUUCGUUGGAAUCGGUACGUCACAGUAGCUGAAAUGUUUUUGUGUCAAGGGCUUUGGAAACAAGACUUCAAAGAGCCCAGUGCAAUUGAUCACAUACUCAGAAAAUCACCAUCGGAUGCUCAAGAUCUAGCAGGGAAUGCUUUUGCAUCAACCUGUGCCCAAGCCCAGCUUAUCUCUUCACUGGUGCAUGCUAUUGGUUGGAAUCAUGUUAGGGGGAUACCAGCAUCAAAGCAGAGCAGCGCCGAAGUCGCAGAAUUGCCGUCUUGCAGCCCAACUUUCACUGCCAAGUCUUCAGAAUGUCAUGGACCCUCAAGCUUUGAUAUCUACAGUGAGGUUCCCAACUGUGUCAGAGCAAUACUUGGCAUUGAUGUACGAAAACAUACUGGGAGCAAAUUCAAAGUAUCUGAUGGUGAUCAUAGAGUUCCACUGCCUCUCUUGCUAGCACUUGAAUCCCUACUUAUGGACAGAAUUCAUCUUGGUGAAGAAGUGACCUAUGACUUCGCCUCUUCUGUGUUGAUCCGGCUUGUGAAUGUUUGGAAUGAGCAACUUGCACAACUAUUUGCUGAGGUUGGUGAACAAGGUACCCAAGUCGUCAAGGCACAUGAUGAGUUGGUUGUAGCUGGCUCAUCUCCGGAUUGUGCGUUGCAAGAGGCUUCUGCUUCACACUUCGAGGUUCUGAGGUCUUCGCUGCAUCAAUGCAAAAUUUCAACCAACAGUGAGUCUUUGCGGAAGCCAGGUUGCAUACAGUAUGCAAUAAUGAGUGCAUUGCAGUACAUCACUGAACCUACUAUAAGCAAGAAUGUGCCGUAG